UUUCUCUAAGUAUCUCACUCGUUCGAACCCAACACAACAAAACGUACUCUUGAUGUACGGACGUCCAUCCCUUGGUUCUAACUUUGACUCGGCGGCGCCACCGCCACAGAAAAAGUCUCUCAUCAUCUAACCCUCCGUCCACUUGUCACAAUGUCGUCCCACCCCAGCUCUUCAAGAACUCCCACACCCCUCUCCCUCUCUGUACCAUAUCCACAAAUUCAAUCCAAACCAACACCUCAACUAAAAACUAGGACUAGAACCUCUUAAUUAUCGCCAUGCAACCCCACAAUUCUUUUCACAACAAGAACAAACACCUUCUUUCCCUCUUUCAUUCUUGACCCACUUCCAUCAUCACCAAUUUUCUCCAUCCCUCUCUCCUCUAUAAUUUUGGUUUUUUCCCUGGUUUUCGGUUUUUUUUUUUUUAAUUAAUGGCUUUGAUUGUCGACCAGCAAUCAAGCUUUAAACACUUCUGUAAAAUAUGCAAGAAAGGUUUUGUGUGUGGUAGAGCGCUAGGAGGGCACAUGAGGGCACAUGGAAUAGGGGAUGAAGGUCACAUUGACGACGACGACGAUCCUCCGAGUGAUUGGGAGGACAAACUCCGCGGCAAUGUACCCGCUACCAACAAGUGCAUGUAUGCUCUAAGAACAAACCCUAAUCGCCUAAAAAGCUGCCGGGUUUGUGAGAAUUGUGGUAAAGAGUUCUUAUCUUGGAAAUCCUUCCUUGAACAUGGCAAAUGUGGUAAUUCUGUAGAUGCAGAGUCCCUUGUGUCCUCGCCAGGCUCUGAUGAGGAGGAUGGGGGUGGUGGUGGCCGGCGAGGAUGUGGGUGGUCAAAAAGGAAGAGAUCUUUCAGAGCCAAAGUGGGAAAUUUUAGUCCGCAUUGCCCAUCAAGUGAGGAAGAGGACCUUGCCAAUUGCUUAAUGAUGUUGUCCAAUGCCACGGUGGAUCCAAUGGAGGCAGAACCAGAAGAAUCUUGUGCUUCAGCCAGCAAAGAAGAGGAGCGAAGAAACCCUAUGAACAUCAUGACUCCUGUUUCACGUGGGGUGACAAUUGACAACAAUAAGGCUAAAGGGGUUGCCAAUAAAGGUCUGUUCGAAUGUAAAGCAUGCAAGAAAGUAUUCAAUUCCCACCAAGCAUUGGGCGGUCAUAGGGCUAGUCACAAGAAAGUUAAAGGGUGCUUUGCUGCCCGUCUUGAUCAUCUUGAAGAUAGUAUGGCGGAUGAUGAUGUCAUCACACAUGAAGAGUUCUUACCCAAUAAACCCAAUUCAACCCUACAAUUUGACCAUGGGUCCAAUAAUCCAUCCGUUUAUACCUCAAAGAGAAAAUCUAAGGUGCAUGAAUGUUCAAUAUGCCAUCGGAUAUUCUCAUCAGGACAGGCAUUGGGCGGGCACAAGAGGUGUCAUUGGAUCACAUCCAACGCCACGACAGACACGUCUACUCUAGUCAAGUUCCAUGAAUUUCAAGAGAGUUUGGAGCAGCAAAUGAUGAACCAAAGGUCUAAGUUUGAUGCUUCGGAUCCACUUGAUCUGAAGCUCGAUCUUAAUCUACCUGCUCCGGUGGAUGAGAAUGGAGGAGGUAAAAGAGAGCGUCCCAAUCCACCAAGCUUGGAUGUCUCUGCAGAUUUCUUUUUACAACCAUGGACUGGGACAAAGGAGGAGGACAAUCCCCAUCACCACUCCCACCACCAAAACGACAAUGACAACCUUAACAACGAUGAUUAUAAUAAUAAUAAUAAUAACAACAAUAAUAACAGCACUGAUGUUUCAAUGCAGAAUGUAGUUGAUGAAGGAGACAGUAAGGUGAAGUUAGCAAAGCUAAGUGAACUAAAGGAUAUUACCAACAGUGGGGGCUCCUCACCAUGGUUGCAGGUGGGAAUUGGUUCAACAACUGAUGUAGGAGCUGAACCAUAAUUUCAUGUGAAGGAAUGUGAGAUUUUCUCAGCUCUCUCUCUCCCCCUUUUUGUUCAAAGAUUUUUGUACCAAGAAAACUGUAAUUAUUACAAACAAGCCAUAGCUCAGCAUUCAUUUUCAAAACUUAUUUUCUUUUUGAAUUGUUGCUGUACAUUAUAGUGGGUGAAUAGGAACCCAGUUAAGCCCCAAUCUCAUUUCAUGCAUAUAUAUUGCAGGUGAUUUAUAUAUAUACUUCUAAUAAAUCAUUGUAUUUUUUCUAUAUAAAUUUUCUUGUUAAAAUUUGUUUGGCAAAGAAAAAAAGAUUCAAGUCUAGUCAUGAUGUAUGGUAAGAAUUUGUUAGUAUCAACCCACUCUUACAGUCUUACUCAAUUGGUAGAGACUAAAGUUAAAGUUGAGUCUGAAUUAGCAGCUGGUGCUUCCGGUGCUGAUCUUAGACUUAUGUCUCUAAAACUACUAUCAUUUUAAACCUUUGUUUAGUUAUCUUCUCUAUAAAUCUUAGACAGCAAAUUGUUAAACUACAAAAAUAAAAAUAAAAAUAACUAGGCUUGUUACAAUCCCAAACCAAUCGAGCCAAUCUAAUCCAACCAAUUUUGAUUGAUUAAUUUCAAUGACUUGUUUAGAUCAAAUGACAUAUUUUCUUGUGAGAGCCCAAUCAAAUCAAAUAUAAUCCAAUCUAGUUGGUUUUUUGCUCCUUUUUUCUAUCUCAUAUGCAUUUGAAAUUCAAUAGAUUGUGAUUAACUGAAGUCAUUAUAUGAAAUUGUGUUUAGUAUAUGAGUAAUGUUAGAUAAUCAAAUUUUUAGACCAAAUUUGUAAAUCAUGUGAUAUGUCGAAUAAGCACGUUAAUCAACACUUCAAUAAUAAUCUAAUUAUCAAGAACCACGUUAUAUGAUUUACAAAAUAUAAAUUAAAAUUAAGUACCUAAAAUCCUCCAACCUUUUAGUGUCAUUCCAAAUUGGUGUCAACCUUUUUAAACAUUCAAAACAAGUACCUAACCUAUUGAAAAUGUCACAUCUGUUAAGCCCCAGUUAAAAAUUUACUAAAUCAAAUAGGGGUUUGUUUUCCUUGCUUGACGUUUUAAUGUUCUUUGUAGGAUUUUAUUUAUUACUCAUUUUUUAACUAUUAAAAAUAAAAAGAGCUUGCAAAAAAAUCAAAAGAAAAUACCAAAUCAUCAAUAAAAACAGAAAGAGAGGGAUUCGAACCCACGGUAUGAAAAACUCGUACAACAGGUUUAGCAAUAUGAUGCUUUAGUCCACUCAGUCAUCUCAUCGAUCGUGGUGAAGUCAGCAAUGGAUUUGGUGGAUCAUCCACGUCACACUAGGAUUUUGGAAGGACAUUUACGAGAGUGAGGUGAGUUUUAAGAGAAAGACGGGAGAGGAAUUUGGUGUUGCAAGAUUGAUGACUGGGAAAUGGUUGGUAAUGUGUUGGUUUGCUUUAGCAGGUAUAUUGGUAUGAAUGAACAUAUUAUGGAUAUAGAAUGUUUUACUUUGUCUACAAAACCAAUAGAAGGUCAUGGAAGCAUAACCUCCACCAACUAAUGAUCACCACCACCCAAUCAUGCCAUCACCUCCAAAUCCAACGCAAAGCUUCAAAUUCCUCCCUACAACUCAAGCUACCAACAUCGAGAAUAAGGUCAUGGAGGUUGCUUAAAUGACAUGGACUGCCAUGAUGCGGCCACCACCAUCUUACUACCCACAAAGAAGAACUUGAAGUUUUACGAGCCAAUAAUCGACGAAUGAGAAAAUCAGAUGAGCAGAAACAUGUUCCUUGAAACCCUAUAUGAAUUUUUAACCCUCUUCUAUGUUAGAAGAUUGCAUUUCUAAUGUAAUUUCAAUUUGGGUCCAUUUUCAAU